AGGAGCAGAGUGCGUUCAAGCAUGCUGAGGGUGAACCCUGCAGCAGCUGCAGCGCGAACAAUGUCCCAGGCUCUGCAAAGAAGGGCAUAUAGAGUUGCUGGCCCAAACUCCUUGUGGCACAUCGAUGGCAACCACAAGUUGAUAAGGUGGAGGAUUGUUAUCCAUGGGGCCAUCGAUGGAUACAGCCGGUUGGUUGUGUUCCUCCGAGCCUCCGACAACAACCGGAGCAGCACGGUGAUGGAGAGCUUCCUGAGUGCUGUGGCGAAGUAUGGCGUGCCUUCGAGGGUCAGGACUGACCACGGAGGUGAGAACAACUCGGUCUGCCUCAUGAUGAACCUUUUUAGAGGGUCAAACAGAGGUAGUGCUCUCCGGGGGAGAAGCACCCACAACCAGCGCAUCGAACGGCUCUGGGGGGAUUUGUGGCGAGGAAUGUCCAACGUGUACUAUCAACUCUUCAACUUCCUGGAGAGCGAAGGUAUCGUGGACAUCGACAACGAGAUGCACAUGGCGGCACUGCACUACGUGUACCUCCCGCGGAUUAACCGUGACCUUUGCGGCUUCAUUGAACAGUGGAAUAACCAUGGACUGAGGACGGAAAGGCAUGCUACUCCACUGCAGAUGUUCGUCAGAGGUUGCCUGGAACAGCAGGGACAGACAACUACUGCAAUGCUUUCCGUAUUUGGUGGAGAAGGAGGUGCUGCUGAGGAAGGAGGUGCUGCGGAGGAAGGAGGUGCUGCUGAGGAAGGAGAAGGGGAAGACCCAGCAAGAGAGGGCGGUGCUGGUGCAGGAGAGGUGCACUGGCCUGAGAGGGUCACCGUACCUUCAAAUCAGUACCUCAUUGGGGAUGCUGUUUUGGAGCAGCUAAACAGCACCUUUGACCCUCUUGCUGGUCCUAGAGGAGACCUUGGACUGGACCUCAUCCGUGAGGUUGUGUCUCUUCUGGCAUUACAAUGAGACACUGUCUCAUUGUAAUUGUU